AUGAAUGGUGCUAGCAACCAGAAUGGUAGAGCGAAAAUCAACCUUUCAAAACUACAAACAAGUCUUGAGAAUGAACCGAAACCGUUAGAGAUUGACAAUAGCAUGUCUUCUCAGCAGCCUGGAAAACUGUUCAUCACGAUCACCGAGUACCAGAAACGCAUGGAGGACGAACUAGACAUGAAACCAGGCGACAAAAUCGAAGUGAUCACAAAUGAUGAAGAGUACAAUGAUGGAUGGUAUUACGGUCGUAAUUUAAGAACACGGGAAGAAGGGUUAUAUCCCAAAGUAUUUACGCAAGAGAUAUCGACACCAUCGCUUGUAAGAGCGAAAUCUGCUCGUCGUGUGGCCAGUCCACAUGCAAAUGGAAGUCUGACGGAUCUGUCGACAAUGUCCAACGAGGGAUCAGUUAGUGAACUGCCCACGCCACAACCGCUUGAGACGGCAGCACCUGUAAAACUAAGUCUAGACCGCACAGCAUCCGUGAAAGUGACCAUGAAUGAUAUCGACAGGGCUCUAGAAGCGUUUCGCGGUGAGUCUCUUUCGUCUUCAUCGGGAAAUUUACAUUCUGGUGGUAAAGAUGAAGCACGCAAUAAUCAAGCCGACACUACCGCAAAUUCAUUUGCUACCGACACUGAUACGGAUCUCUCUAGGCAGCAAAUCCUGAGAAGUUCAAACUCGGUACAAUCACUAACAAACGACACCUCGUUUGGUUCUACUUCGAUCAACGGUAUUGACCCUAAGGAUCUUGCCCCAAUCAAUGCACAGAACUGGUCUCCCGAACAAGUAACCGCGUAUUUCAUAGCGUCGGGCUUUGAUAUUGAGUCGUCGAGUAGAUUUCAGCAACACAAGAUAUCGGGUCCAAUCCUAUUGGAAUUGGAACUGGCUCAUUUGAAGGAGCUUGAUAUCAGUUCGUUUGGUAUACGGUUCGAAAUCUUCAAAGAGAUCGAAGCUAUAAAGGAUGUUAUCAGUACGCAUGGACCGACAAGAUUAACAAGUCAAUUGAUGCCUGCCGCUUCUGUCAAUCAGAGAUCGUACAUGGGACACACUCGCAAAGCCUCUCAGUCUCUGGACGAUAUCCCUUCUAAAUCGCCCAUUGUAGCUCCCUCCGCAAGCCGCAGUCGCGUGAGCAGCAGACACCGUCCGUAUUCAUUGGCACUCAAUGGUCGCGAAUCGAACGCUGAUGCGGCAGACUCCAUUAUUGCUGCUUUGAAUGCCCAAGAAGACGGCACUAACAUCUCUAAACCCGCUCAACCCCAAAUUGACGACACCAACUUUCUUUCCCCUCGCAGGGCUCCUAAACCGCCUUCAUAUCCAAGUCCAGUCCAGCCGGUCAGAUCACCUACCGGGCAACAUUUCACACCCAGCCCUUCUAACUUGGAAUUUCCACAAAGUUUGCGCAAUGGUCCUCCUACAAUAUUCGAGCGUGCACCAUACAUGGAAAGUCGUUCAAAUAAUAAUUCUGAAGUGCAAACGCCCAAAUUUCAGUUCCCCAGGGCUGCGCCUCCCCAGCUGGGAUUAGAGAGCCCUAAUGAUGGAAAUCAAGAAGAUAAAAGAGGCAAUGGGGUUGCAGCGGUUGAAAACUAUGUGGGGAAUAGAAGCUCUGUCAUUUACUCGGGUCAACAUGUGCAUAGGCCAACGAAAUCGGGCGGUUCGUUCGUUGAACUAUUUAAUAGGAUUUCAACAAUGUCCCCUGGCACUGCUAGAGGUGCACAAAGUGAUGUAGAGGGUCUGAACAUCGAACACAGUCAGUUACAGAGGCCAACUUCGAGCAUAUAUGAGCGCUCAAGAGUUGCAUCACCAAGUCACAUCAAACACCCUUCGCAAGCCACCGCUGAGAUCAAGAAACAUAGACGGAACUCGUCCAUUCUGUCAUUCUUUUCCAAUAAAGGUGAUGAUAACGGUAAAAGCUCUCCAACAAAGAAAACUAGAUCAAGACAGGCUUCCUUUUCACACAGUAGAAAAAGCUCUGCCGUAGGAUAUAAUGCGGGGAGAUCGUUUUCACCUGAAAAAGGAUCGCGGUCACCGUCAAAGAGGCACUCAAUUGUUGUAUCUCCAAUUGCUGGUCCUGUUUCACCAGUCAAUGAGUCUGUUGCUGAUGAUGAGAAACGUAGAUCUGUCAGCGCAAAAGAAACAAACGGGACGCCCGGACCAAGAGAUUCAGAUUUAUUUUUCGAUGCCAAGGAGGAAUUACAAGAAGAACAGAAGAACAAGAGAUCCGUGAGCGAAGCUGUUAAAUCCAAACCUAGUCGCACUAAGACAAGCAAGAAUGUUUUGAGUAAAAUGAAAACCUCUGCAUUCGUCGAGGGUAUUCGGACGAUCAGCGUCAUGGAAGCAAUGACACAGUCAGACUGUUCUGGCUGGAUGAGCAAAAAAGGCUCAGGUGCGAUGGGAGUAUGGAGAAACCGUUUUUUCACUCUUCACGGGACAAGAUUGUCCUACUUUGCGAGCACUACCGACACUAGGGAGAGAGGUCUAAUCGAUAUUACUGCACACCGAGUGGUGCCGGCCAAAGAAGAUGAUAAACUUGUUGCCCUUUACGCUGCUAGCACAGGGAAAGGGCGCUACUGUUUCAAGCUUUUACCACCCCAACCAGGGUCUAAAAAGGGCUUGACAUUCACGCAGCCCCGUGUCCAUUAUUUCGCCGUCGACACCAAAGAGGAGAUGAGAGCUUGGAUGGCAGCCCUAAUAAAGGCCACUAUCGACAUUGAUACCAGUGUCCCUAUCAUCAGCUCCUGUGCAACUCCAACCGUUUCUUUAAAUAAAGCUCAAGAAAUGUUAUCACAAGCGCGGGAAGAAUCUCGACAACGGGAAGAGCAAAGAUUCUUAAAUGAAGAGGAUGAGGACCAGCUACUGUGGGAACAACAACAGCAGAGAGCUGAUUCAAGCUUCCCGGAUAGUUCAAAAGGUACCCCAACACCCAACUCAUCCGUGCAGAUGAAUUCUAAUAAUGGUUCCGGAUUCCACAGCCCCUUUCUCUUGGCUUCGGGAGUAUUGUCUCCUGGAACACCUCAAAACAACGGUCGCUUUCAGGAUCAACCCAACAGCGACUACUUUUUGCUCGGCUCGAACUAUACAAGCAACAAAAUUUAA